CGGGGCGGGCUCGGCCGGGCUCGGGAUGCUCGGGGAGCGCGAUGGAGCCGGCUGAGGGCUGGGACCCCUACGGGCGGCCGGCCCGGCGCACGCAGUGGCUGGUGAGCGCCCUCGCCUACCACUACGGGCUGGACCGCGGCGUGGAGAACGAGAUCGUGGUGCUGGCCACCGGGCUGGACCAGUACCUGCAGGAGAUCUUCCACCACCUGGACUGCGCCGGGGCCGGCCGCAUCCCCGGCGAGGAUUUCCGCACGCUGUGCCAGGUGCUGGGGCUGGAGGAGGCGGCGGAGCCCGAGGAGUGCGCGGGGCUGUGGGACGGGCUGGCGGCCGGGCUCACCUUCCGGCAGUUCCACGCGCGGCUCUGCGGGCUCUUCAGCACCCGGGCGGGCGGGGCCGAGCCGCGCCUGCCGCUGGGCCGGGACAGCGAGCACAUCGAGACCCAGAUCCGGCUGCGCAGCCCCCGCCGCCGCCGCCGCGGGCACCCCCCGGCCGGGCGGGCGGGCCCGGAGCGGCGGCCGGCGGGGCCCUGCUCCCCGGAGUGCUACGAGGAGAUCGUGGCGCUGGAGCAGGCCGAGGACCGCAUCGCCAAGCUGGAGGAGGAGAACGGCAGCCUGCGGGAGCUGGUGGAGGACAUGCGGGCCGCCCUGCAGAGCAGCGAUGCGCGCUGCCUGGCGCUGCAGGUGGGACUGCGGAAGAGCCAUGCGAACCACAGGGAAGAGGGGACCUGUUCCAUGGGGAGUAAGAGACCAUUACCACAGAACCACUCCCAGAGCAAGUGCCUCCAAAGUGUCCUGAAGGAAAUGGAGCUCAUCCGGAGCUCCAGGGAUGGGCAAAUCGAAGAAGCGAUCAGGUUCAACCAGGAGCUGGAAAGGGAGCUGAGGAGCUCCCAGGAAGCCCUGGUCAGUCUGGAGGACUGCAACCGUAACCUGAAGAGGGAACAGGCAGAGAUGAGGAGGAAGGUGGAAGAGGCGAGACACGCCGUCCUGAACAGCCUUGGCAAAGUGAGGGAGCUGGAAGUGAAAGCCAACGAGGUGCCACGUCUGCAAACACACAUCCAGCAGCUGGAAUCGGAACUGCAGCACUACAGGUCGGGGGUGGAGAGGAGCCUCCCGGAGCAGCAGGAGGGUGCAGGGACCCGCUGUCCCUCCGUGGGGCGGCAGAGCCGCGGAUCCCCCGCCGGAGGAGCCGGGACUGCUGAGCACGAGGAUCAGCUGUUCCGCUCCGUGGAGGGCCAGGCUGCCUCUGAUGAGGAGGAGGAGAAGUGGGCAGGGGACCAGGCCCCCCAGCUGGGCCACGAGAAGAAACCACUGGCCAAGCUCCCUUGCUGCAGCAGUGGGUGUGAUGAAAAGACCUGGAAAAAGCUGAUGUCUUACUUGGAGAGCAGCAGAACUGCUGGCUGUGAGACUGACACAGCCCCUGCAGAGCCCCCCGAGAGGCUCCCACAGCUCCCGGGGCAGCUGGAGCUCAGGGGCCAUGGAGGGGAAAAACUGGAACCAGACAUGGAAGAGGUGACAGGACCACUGCUGGGGGAGCUGCAGCAGAAGGUGGAGGAGGCCGAGCUGCUGAAGAUGGAGCUGCAGAUGCUGGAGACGGAGAGAGUGAGGCUGUCGCUGGUGGAAGAAAAGCUCAUGGAUGUUUUACAGCUUCUUCAACAGCUCCGAGACUUGAACAUCUCCAAGAGAGCCCUGGGGAAAAUGUUGCUGAGCACUUUGGAAUCCUGCCAUACCCCUCAACCUGGCAAAGCUCACCUAUUUGAAGUCCUGGAUACCCUUCAGCAGGAGCUGGCAGCCUGUGAACUCCUGCACCAGGAGCCUGUGGAGCAGGGGCAGAGCCCCCAGUCCCUGUCCAACGCCCUGGUGAUCUCGUGCUGAGCCGCAGCACCAGCGACACUGCCCAGCCCAGCACCCCCUGGGCACCACACAGAGGGGGGACAUUGGCCAGCUCAGCCACCCCACACUGCCCAAGAGCACCUGAGGGAUCCGGCCCUGCAUCCAAGCUGUGGUGCCCUGGGAAGGGCAGCACUUCCCCUGGGAAGAGCAGCAGUUCCUCGGCUGAUUCCCAGCCCUGUCUUGGUGAGGGUUCAGUGCCCGUCUCCAUGGAACCUCCCCAUCCCUGGAGGUGGCUCUGGGACUGUCCUGAUUCACCAAAUAAAACACACUCACCUGACCACUGAGAUUUCCAGCCCUGUGAGUUGGGCACAGUUUUUAGCUUCUGUGACAGCCUGUGUUAUCCCUGGCAAGGAAACAGCUUCCUGAAUGUACCAGUGACAGUGACUGUGUUACAAACACACACAGCAGUGGGGGCCAGUAGCACAAGUUUUAAGGGCUUUGUAUUUCUGAUUCAAUUAUUCACAUUAUUUAACUCUGAAGUCAGAUUUGUUAUUGCUCUGCUGAAUUUUGUAUUUGCAAUUGCAGAGAUGCCUUAGAAAUCUGCAACAGUCUCUCCUGACAAUAGUCAGACUUUACAUAAAAAGUCAAAUUUAACUGCUUGAAAAACGUCCAAAGCAAUCUUGUUCCCAGGCUCUCAGGGAAAGGAAGGGUUGGAAAAUUCCCUGUGCAACAGCUGUUGUUGUUGUGUUGGCAAAGACAUGUGCGGGGCACAACUUGGUUCUCAAGUGUAAUUUCUCUCAGUGCAACUGAACAGACACAAAGCCAGACCCCACAUGCAGGAAAAUUAGUGUCAAAAGCUGGGCCUAAUCACAGUGCCACACAACGUUUUAACCGGCAAUAAAAUAAUUCCUGGGGACAAAAGUACAAAAAUAGCUUGAUUUCAAGAUGCUUUUGCUGUUUCGUUCAGGUGUCAAACACGGAAAUUAAAGCAGCAGAGUUCCUAAAUGAUCCCACUGAAUUUAUGUCAUUAAAGGAUACACUGUAGAUCAUUUAAGAAUGUGGAAUGAUUUGCCUGAGAGAAUGCCAGCCAGGAAAUAAAACCAUUCAGCUGUGCCUGUA